AUGCUGAUGAUGCGCCCGCGAUGGUGGAUUUCCCUUUUGUGCGUCUAUGGAUUGAUGCACGUCGGUCACCCGAGCAGCCCUAAUUUCCGGACUGGAGACGCCUUGUCGAGCUUGAAGGCUCUUCGUGAUGCGGGCAGGUUCGUCGGGAAGGAGGACACGGUGCCUCUCCGCCUGCUCUACAGCAGACACAACCUCAGCCAGAUCACAGAGGAUGAGCUCAGCACCAGGGUUAAAGCCAGCCCCGGCUCCACACAGGUGAACCAUGUGGCCCAAGCAUGCUUUCAAGUUGAUGCUUUUGGUCGAAAAUUUGUCUUGGAUGUGGAACUGAAUCAUGAUCUGCUGUCGUCAGGGUACGUGGAGAGGCAUUUGUCAGAGAAAGGGAAGACUGUCGUCACCAAUGGAGGAGAGCACUGCUACUAUCAGGGCAAGGUCAGAGACAUCCCUCACUCCUUCGUGGCCCUCUCAACCUGUCACGGAUUGCAUGGCAUGUUUUUCGAUGGCAAUCACACCUACAUGAUUGAACCUGGAGGACAGGGCAGCAGCAAUGGAGAUGUCCACAUUCACAUGAUUUACAAAUCUGGAGGUCAAGAGGGCCUUCGUGAUCUCUUAAACGGUGAUCUUCCAGAGCCGCCUUUUCCCAGCCCUCCAUUUCCUGGGUCGAAAGUUGUUCACAGAAGAAAAAAGAGACAGGCUCCACAAGUGUCACGAAGUGUAGAAGAUGAGACCAAAUACAUUGAGUUGAUGGUGAUUAAUGACCAUUUGAUGUAUAAGAAGCAUCGGCUUUCCGUUGGGCACACGAAUAACUAUGCUAAGUCAGUGGUCAAUAUGGCUGACAUGAUUUUCAAGGAGCAGCUUAAUACUCGCAUUGUGCUAGUCGCCAUGGAAACCUGGUCAGCUGACAACAAGUUCAACAUUGACGACGACCCCAUGGUGACCCUGAGGGAGUUCAUGAAGUAUCGGAAAGACUUCAUCAAAGAGAAAUGCGACUCUGUUCACCUCUUCUCAGGAAAUCGUUUUCAUAGCAGCUGGGGAGGAGCUUCCUACAUGGGAGGAGUUUGCUCCCUCACUAAAGGAGGGGGAGUCAAUGAGUACGGGAAAACAGAUGAGAUGGCCAUAACUCUGGCUCAGUCUCUUGGACAGAACAUCGGCAUCUUCUCUGACAAGAAGAGGAUCCUCAAUGGCGAGUGUAAAUGUGACGAUCGUUGGUCUGGCUGUAUCAUGGAUGAUGUUGGCUUCUACCUGCCCAAGAGGUUCUCCGACUGCAACGUGGAGGAGUAUCAUAACUUCCUGAACAGCGGUGGAGGAGCCUGUCUGUUCAACAAAACUAUGAAACUGUUAGACCCUCCAGUAUGUGGUAAUGGCUUCGUGGAGCCAGGAGAGGAGUGUGACUGUGGCAGCCCGGCAGAGUGUGCCAGAGAGGGAGACAACUGCUGUAAAAUGUGCACCCUGACCCAAGGAUCCAAGUGCAGCAAUGGACUCUGCUGCAAUAACUGUCAGAUGGAGUUCAUGGGAGUUGUGUGCCGAGACGCAGUGAACGACUGCGACAUCCCAGAAAACUGCACAGGAAACUCCAGCCAGUGUCCACAAAAUGUGCAUAAGAUGGAUGGCUACACUUGUGAGAAGGACCAGGGUCGCUGCUUUAAUGGCAGGUGUAAAACCAAAGACAGACAGUGCAAGUACAUUUGGGGAGAGAAGGCAACAGCAGCUGAUAAAUUCUGUUACGAGAAGCUCAACAUCGAGGGCACAGAGAAGGGUAACUGUGGGAAGGACAAGGACACUUGGAUCCAGUGUAACAAACAGGAUGUUCACUGUGGGUACCUGCUGUGCUCCAAUAUAUCACCUGGCCCACGCCUGGGAGAACUACAGGGAGGGCUGACCUCCUUCUCUGUAGCCCGGCACAGUGCUUCUCUGGACUGCAGUGGUGCACAUGUGCUGAUCGAUGGAGACACUGACCUGGGUUACGUCGAGGAUGGGACGGCCUGCGGGACAGACCAAAUCUGUUUCAAUCACAAAUGUCUCCCCAUCCAUCAGUUCAACUUCAGCACCUGCCCUGGGACCACAGACAAAAUCAUCUGCUCUGGACACGGGGUGUGCAGUAAUGAGCUGAAGUGUGUGUGUUACCUGGGCUGGGCAGGAGAGGACUGUAACUCCACGUCUCCUCUCAGUUAUCUGGUGGUGGGACCCACUGCCGCAGUUUCAGGUAUCACCAGUACCAACAUCAUCAUCGGGGCCAUCAUGGGCUCCUUCCUCUUCCUCGCCCUCAUACUGGCUGUUACAGCCUGGUGCUACAAGAGCUACAAGCAGAGAUGCUAUGUCGAGUCAGAGGUUCAUCGAAGAUUCUGCCGGCAAAUGCCUCCAGGUGAUUAUGUAACAAAGCCUGGAGAUGCAGACUCAUUUUACAGUGACAUGCCGCCUGGCGUCAGCACAAACUCAGGCUGCAGCUCCAAGAAGAGGUCAGCCUGCCUGUCGCACCUGCAGAUUUGCACCCUGUCCUUCACUCCCUCCAUCGCAUCCAUUUCUCAGAACAUCUCUCUGUUUGGCUUCAGAUCUAAUGGCCUGUCCCACUCAUGGAGUGAGAGAAUCCCAGAUGCCAAACACAUCUCUGACAUCUGCGAAAAUGGGCGACCGAGGAGCAACUCGUGGCAAGGAAAUCUGAGUGGUAAUCGUAAGAAACUGAAAGGAAAGAAGUUCCGUGCUCGCUCUAACUCCACAGAGUAUUUAACCCCUCGCUUCAAAACAGAGUUUUAUGAUGUAACUAAAUGGGUAGAAGAUGUGAAUAGAAACACUCAAGGACCGUAUCUUAGGACACUAUCCCCUGCCAAGUCCCCCACAUCCUCUACAGGAUCUAUUGCAUCCAGCAGGAGAUACCCUUACCCUAUGCCCCCCCUCCCCGAUGACCAGAGGAAAGCCAACAGGCAGAGCGCAAGGCUGUGGGAGACUUCAAUAUAA